AUGGAAAUGGUACGCACACGGUUUCUUAAGAAGCAAGACACCCUGCUUGGUUCAUUUAUAAGGAACACAUCGUGUAGCAGAGGAUGGCUUCGUGUAGUAGUACACAUUUUUUUUGGCACACUUAUUGUAUCUAGUUUUGUUUUGAUCGUUCUUAUGGCACUUAGUAAUUCCCAUCGAGCGUCACAGAGUAUCAAUUCAAGAUGCGGAAUCAAUACAUGUACAGUGAUAUGCGAGGAAACUCCCUAUUACGGUAAUUAUGAGGACAAUAUAAUUCAAGCACUUUCGGAAGUCCCUAUUAAUUGCCAAAGUAUUUCUUUGAAAUUGAAUCAACCAACAUUUGCAAAUUCAAGAAUUCCAGAGAAUUGGCUUUCGGGGGUUUUUUUGAACAUUCGGAAUUUGAACAUAAUUGGAGGAAAUAUUAAAUAUAUAUCACCAAAAGCAUUCAUGAGUCCACUAAAUAGUAAUCUAAGAUCGCUUGUUUUAACAAAAAUUGAAAUAAAUGUAUGGGACGAUGAAAUGUUACUGGGACUAUCAAAUUUAGAACAGCUACAUAUAAUCGAUUGCAAACUUAAUAAGAUCAACACAAAUGCUAUAACAGCAAUCGGUAAUACAUUAGGUUUCUUAAGAAUUCUGUCGAUUGGUUCAUGGGACCCAAAGAAUAUAACGAGCUCCGAAAAUCUUAUCGAAUUAAAAGUUGUAGAUUUUUCAUUUAAUUCAUUUGAGUAUGUUUUGAGAAAUGGAACUUUUUCAAAACUUCAACAAUGUCAAGUGCUAUACUUAAAUUCUUGCAAAAUUAAAGCUAUAGGUCCUGGUACUUUCGAUCAAUUGGAGAACAUAAAAACUAUAUACUUGAACGAUAAUCUUCUAGUCACAAUUCCAGUGGGAUUGUUUAAUAAAAUACUUCCAUUCAAACCAAAAAUUGCUUUGCAAGAUAAUUUAUGGUUUUGUAAAUGUUCAGAAAAUGAUUUAAGGACACUUUUUAGGAAAGGUAUACUCAUUGAAGACCCUAUUUGUCGCUUUCCUGAUGCUUUUAAGGGUUUAAUGUUCUCGGAUUUAGAAGACUAUUGCGAAAACAGUAUUAUUAUAGAAAAUAGUAUAGAACAAAAUCCUAUAAAUUCCAAUGAAUCAAAAGAUAGCCGGUAUCGAUGUCAAAACGAUUCUGGAAUUGUUUUCACAAACGGUGCUUGCUAUGAGGAAAAUUUAUCGAAUAAUUCAAUAAACUUAAUAUCUUAUGAACAUAAUACAUGCUAUUUAAAUAGAAUAAGCAUUAAUGAUAUCAAGACAAUAACAAUAAAUGCUGGUUGGGGCUCAAAUUCAUAUAGUAAUUGGAUAAAACCUAUAUUUGCCAUUCAGAGUUAUCCUUAUUCUAUGGUUGAAAUAGAAGCAUCUGCAGAUCAAGGGUUUGGUCUUUUAUGGUUUCAAUCUUCAUGUAAAUAUGAAGUGUACUGCGUUAAUAAUAUACCAAGGUCAUUAAAAGUGUAUAAUUUGAACGAAAAAGAAUAUUAUACAUUUUGUCCGUUUAACUUAUCUUUUGGGACAGUUAUGACUAAUAAAUGUGUGUCUUAUAACUUGGUUAAUUUUGAACAUUUAUAUCAAAAUACAUCUGGUAAUACUCAGGGAUUACUAUUAUAUAUUUUGAUUUCAUUGGGAUGUCUUAUCUUUGGUGCUCUAUCAGUAUAUGCAUUGAUUCAAAGGAAUCCUUCACUAUUAAAAGGAAAUAAGCGAGUCAUACUUGUUAAACAUAAAUCUAUAGAAGCGCUUAUAUUACCUCCUCAGCUCUCGAAAAGAAAUAAACUUGUUAGUGAAUCGACAACAAUGACUAAGCACGUUUUUGAAAAGCAGAAAAUCUUUCUAUUAACUGAUAAUCUUAAAAAGUUAUCGCCUCAAGACUUAAUGCGUUCUACUUCUAUGAGAAGCAGCGAAAGUAACGAAGCGGGUUAUAUAUCACCUUUACAACCCACUGAAGAACAACUUACUGAAUGGCGCUCUAAUCAAAUAAUAAAGCAAUUUAACGAUACUUUGACCUCAGAACCGGAAACGGUAUCGUUUUGCAGUAUUCACGAUCAAGAAUCUAUGCCUUACUACUAUGUUCCUAUUCAUGCCAAUGAGAAAAUAUAUGAAACACCGAAACAAUAU